CUGAAGGUGGACACUAUGACUCCGGUCCUUCAUGAACUGGGCUUCCGUCAUUUAAAAGGUGAAAACCGGCACAUUUACGCCGAAACGCCCGGUAAUGUUGCGUUCCGACGUACCUACUUAGAGAAAAAGGUAGCAAAUCGAGUUGCUGUGCGUGGUCCAAUGCGAGGAACUAAGUGA